GAAAUGUUAAACUGUUUCUCUUUCCGCAGAUGCUGCCUAACCUGCUGUGCGUUUUCAGCAUUUCCCGGAGGUUAUAAAAAUGGAUAGCGUUUUACAUAUGUUAACGCCGAAACUUUAUUAAAAUGCAAAACACAGACCCAUCUGUGCAUAAGUUGAUGCCGUGCUGCAGAGGGAGAAGGGCGUGGAAACGCACAUACACUGCAAAACAAAAGGAAAAACGCCUAACACGGAGAGAAGUUCCAAUUUCCCCUCCCUCUCCAGCGGCUUCCUGAACAGCACAAUGUUGCUUUAAAUUGUAUCCGACUCGAUUCCACGUGACUCUGGUGAGGCGUUUGAUACAAAGUAACCCUGGAGCUGAAAUUGACUGGACUGAAUUCGCCGCCUGCCUCGCUGAAGUGUCUUGUUUUCACUGGUACAGGCAGCAGGACUACUAUAUAUUGGUUGUUUUUUUUCUACAUAUCUAAAAACAGGAUGCCGGAACAGAUCAGCAUCUCGGAGUUCGUAAGCGAGACUUUAGAAGACAUCAACUCGCCGAUCACCUCUAACUUUACCUCGAAGAUGACAAACUGCAGGAACACGGUGACUGCUCUGGAGGAGUCACUGGAGGCAGAUCAGGCCAUCUUACUGAAGAUGAAGAAGUUGGUUAAGGCCAUUCACUCCUCUGGACUCGCCCAUGUGGAAAAUAAAGAACAAUACAUUGAAGUUCUAGAGAGCUUUGGAAAUCACCACUUAUCUCAAAAUAAGAACGAGUUGUCUACGGGCUUCCUGAACCUGGGUGUUUUUACACGUGAAGUGACUGCACUCUUCAAGAAUCUGACUCAAAACAUGAACAAUAUCCUCUCCUUUCCAUUGGACAGCCUGCUAAAGGGGGAUUUGAAGGAAGGAAAAGGGGACCCGAAGAAACUCAUCGAGAAAGCUUGGAAGGAUUACGAGAACAAAGUAAACAAGAUUGAAAAGGAGAAGAAAGACCGUGCCAAGCAAUUUGGACUAAAUCGUUCAGAAAUCAGUCCUGCAGACAUUGCUGAGGAUUUGGAAAAAGAGAGAAAGAUGUUCCAACUCCAGAUGUGUGAGUAUCUCCUCAAGGUGAGCGAAAUAAAGAUUCGAGAAGGUCCUGACCUCCUCCAAAGCCUCAUCAAGUACUUCCAUGCUCAACAGAAUUUUUUCCAGGAUGGUCUCAAGGCAGCUGAGAGCUUGACCCCUUUUGUGGAAAGAUUAGCAGUGAUUGUACACUCGCUGAAGCAAGCACAGGAUGAGGAGAUGAAACAACUUGCGCAGAUCAGGGACUCCCUGAGAUCGGUGCUCCAGGUGGAUCACAGAGAGGAAUGUUUGAAUCGGAAAAAUUCUGGCUACAGCAUACACCCUCUGCCAGGAAACCGUAUGUAUGGAACAGAAAAGUCUGGCUUCCUGUACAAGAAGAGUGAUGGGAUCCGAAGAGUGUGGCAGAAAAGGAAAUGUGGAGUUAAAUAUGGCUAUCUUACGAUAUCACACAGUACUAUCAACAGACCUCCAGCCAAACUCAACCUGCUGACCUGCCAGGUGAGGCCAAACCUUGAAGACAGAAAAUGCUUUGAUCUAAUAGCACAUAAUCGAACAUAUCACUUUCAUGCUGAAGAUGAGCAAGAAUGUCAAGUAUGGGUCUCUGUGUUGCAGAACAGCAAAGAGGAGGCACUCAACAAUGCCUUCAAAGGAGACGCUAGCCACGGCAGCAAUGACACAGUACAAGAGCUGACCAAAGCUGUCAUUGCUGAAGUCCGAGGAAUGGCUGGAAAUGAGGUGUGCUGUGACUGUGGGGCAGCAGAUCCCACCUGGCUCUCUACCAAUUUGGGUAUUGUGACCUGCAUUGAAUGUUCUGGGAUUCAUCGGGAGUUGGGUGUACACUAUUCCAGGAUACAGUCUCUCAAUCUGGAUGUACUGAGCACUUCUGAACUCUUGCUUGCUGUCAAUAUUGGAAACACACGGUUGAAUGAAAUCUUUGAGGCGAACUUGCCAGCUCAGUGUGGUGUUAAACCCAGUCCAACCAGUGACAUGAAUGCCCGAAAAGAAUAUAUUACAGCAAAAUAUGUGGAACGUAAAUAUACAAAGAAAGGCGUUUGCAAAGGAGGAUUUAAAUUAUUUGAAGCCAUUCGGAACAAGGAUCUCCUGGCUCUCCUGCGGAUGUACGCAGAAGGUGUGGAUUUCACUGUCCCCCUUGCCCUACCAGAUGGACAGGACCUUGGAGAAAUACCAUUGCACCUUGCUGUGCGGUUGGCAGACAGAUCAUCACUGGCUUUGGUUGAUUUUUUGAUCCAGAAUGGGGGUGGCCUGGAUGUGAAGACAUCAGAGGGUAACACUGCCCUCCAUUACUGCUGCCUAUACAAUAAAACCGAAAGCUUGAAACUGUUACUGAAGGGAAAAGCUAGCAUGCAGAUCGGUAAUGUGGUCGGAGAAACUGCCUUGGACAUUGCGAAGAAGUUCAACCAUACCCAUUGUGAAGAGCUGAUUGAUCAAGCGCUGGUGGGGAAGUUCAGUCCCUCAGUUCAUGUGGAGUAUGAGUGGGUCCUGCAUCAAGACUGCGUUUAUGACAGUGAGGAGGACGUAGAUGAAAAGGUUAGUCCUUCACAAAGAUCUUUCAAAUCCAGUGGCCUCUGUCAACUCUCACCUGGUUCUUCGAGUACUUCUGUAUCUUCUUCACCGUUUGUGAGUCCCAGCUCGUCUGGCUCCAAGAAGGAAAGGUGGAGUUUCGUGGGCUCUAAUAUUGUGAAUGAGACGUACGGGGCAUUAGUCCUCCCGCCUAAGACAGCAGUUCAGUCUCCAUCCUUCGACACUGUGCCACCACCACUGCCAAUCAAGACCUUCACCAGGGCUGGAUCUAUGGAUGGCCAGAACAGACGUGGUUCCUCGUCUCCUGGGAAUAGUCCUGUGCAUCCGCUGUCUCCGAGCCAUGUGACUCCACCUGCAAAAGCUUCGGGCCGUCCAGAUCUGCCUUGGAGACACUCAAUUGAUGGGUCCACAGAGGUUUUGAGCUCUCAGAGCAAGUCGAGUUCUCAGAAAAGAUUGUCCCAUCACUGGGGUUCCCAGGCAUCGACAGAACUGCCAGACUGCAAGAGGCAGGAGUUGCCGACUGAAACAUCCCUUCAGAACUCUGAGCAGCAGCCGCCUUCCUUGCACCCAGCAUCCCUGCAUGAGCCGCAACCGCCAGUAAGCCCCAAUCAUACAACAUCCACCAGGAAACCUAGUGGAGAUAAAGCAAUAAAGAAGCCUCGAGCAGAGCCAAACUCAAGAAAUCACGAUGACGCCUAUAUUGUUCCUGUGAGCUCCAAACCAAUACCUGUUCCAUUGCCAAGGAAGUCCAUUGGGGUGAAGCUGAAGCAGAAGAGGGUUAAGGCAAUCUUGGACUGUACAGCAGACAACUCCGAUGAGCUGACCUUCACCAAGGGAGAGGUCAUUGUUGUGACUGGAGAGGAAGAUUUAUUUUGGUGGGUUGGCCACAUUGAAGGAGACAGGUCAAGGUCGGGAGCCUUUCCAGUGGACUACGUUCAUCUCUUGUCUGAAUGACCAGAUCCUCGCUAUUUCCAGUGGAAAGAGAUUUAUGACCUCUUGAACUUGCAAAAAUAAACUCAAGAAGCACCCCUCCCCCCCCCCCCCCCCCCCCCCCCCCCCCCCCCCCCCCCCCCCCAAAAGUUGGGUUUCUCUCAACAGGCUUGGCACUAUGGUGUAUACCUUUCACUGGGAUGCCAACCUGGUAUAUGGGUGUCAGCUUUGCGUCAAGAUGCUCUUUGUUGAUUGUUUUUGUAAUCAUUGGAGAAUCACGGAUGUUCCUACCAAGCAUGGAUCAAAAGUUGGAACUGUUUUAUGUGAAGGCUGGGCCUCGGUCUACAGUGGCCAUUUUGUUCUAAUAUUUAACUGUAUUCCUUUUUUGGGUUUGUAUUACACUGCCUCAUCUGACCAAUCUACGUCCACAUAGAGGUAGACAGAGCUCUAAGGAUUAUGGCAGGCAAUGACUGGAGGUGUUCUAAAGUGUGAGGGCCCUGAAGAAUGAGCCAUGCUUCGCUGAGGAGCCUGAUAGGCAUUUAUUGAUGUGUGGCUGAUGAGUUGCAUUAGACGUAUACUAUUUUGUAGGAUCAGUGAAGAAUGAAGGUUGAAUAUUUCAUUUCAUGGUGGGCUGGGUUAUGGGCAGGGAGGGCUGUUAGGUGAAAAAAGUGUAAAGGUCCUAUCAGGUUCAUUUGGGUUUUGUGGUUUGAAUGAAGCAUUGCCCAGACUGAAUUGGGAUAUGUGACUGAAUGGAGCAUUGCAUGGGUAGAAUUGGAGUACGUGCACAAUGGUUUAUUUCAUGAAUUGAACUGGAGUACAAACACAAUGAUGUACUGCACAGAUUGAUAAGGGUGUAUGUACUGAAUGGAGCAUUGCACAGGAUGAACUGGUACAUAUGGACCAAAUGCUCCUUGCAUGAAUUGAAUUAUGUAUAUGGAUUGAAUGGAGAAUUGCCCAGGUUGUAUGUGGACUACAUUAAUUAAGGCAAAUAGACUGAAUGCAAUAUUGUAUGGAUUGAAUACAAUAUGAUGUGCCAUCAUAUACUUCAUGAGCUGAAUGGAGCAUUGCAUGGGUGAAUUGGCAUCAUUAGGUUGAUGGCACAUGGCAAAAAUUGAAGUGAGGUAUGUGAUCUAGAUGGUACAAUACACAGAUUGUGUUGCGGUAUGUGGACUUGAUGUUUUGUACAAUUAAAGGAUAGGAGGAAUAGGAAUUCUGUAAAUGUGAGAUGAAAUUAAAUGUUUAACACUGUCUACUGAAUUUUAACUAUCUGAACCACACUCUGAUAUUGGAUGCCAACUACAGGAACCUCACAGAAGUAAAAAGUAAUUGGGGAAGUUCAUGGCUUAUUAGAAGCAAAGAAAGUAAGUGCAAGAGAGAAAAUGGCCACACAAGUGUACAUUCCAAAACCCUGCUAAUCACCAUAAUUUCCCAUCAGCUGCAAAGGACGAACAAUGUUAUUCUGAAGGAAUUUCUGUGCCAUCUUUAAUCUACAAAGCUUCUGUUGUCUAUACACUUGUAGGACCCAUAGCAUGCUCUAGAACAUCAAUCGCUUUUAAGCAAGUCUGCAAAAUACUACUGUGAGGGGAGCUUACAAUGGGUGAUGUAAAUGGGGAAGAGGCUGAGUGAUGGUUAAAGAUUGAGAUGUGGUAAGGUCUUGAGGGUAGAAUAGAGACUAGGUGGUUAGGUGAGAGGUGGAGGUGAGUGAGCAUUCAGCUGCUUGCAAUCUGUAACCAGAACUCCAGUAAGAUCACAUUUAACUCAAACCAGCAUUAAAUGGAUCCGGUGGUAAUAACAUAAAGAGAGUCUGUGUUUUGUUCACAGUGCAAAAAUUGACCAAGCUUUAUAGCAAGCUAUGAGGAACCAAAUGGACUUGUAAAUUGAUUUUAAUUUAAAACCAUCUGUGGGAUGCAGGGUGAGUUAUUACAGUAACACAAACAGAAGUGAUUUCACAUUAACCUAAGGAACUGAAUAGUGUAAUCUGUCCACGCAAUGACAUGUUUGUUGGAAUUUCACACUCUUGAUUCUUUUACUGAGUCCUGUGAUCUGGUUGUCAUCAAGAUUUACAAGUCAGCACAUAUGUUAACAGCCUUGGUUCCACCAAGUCUGGAUUUGUUCCCACAUGCCCUUAGAAUGUAUUAACGUCCGAAUCAUCUCUAGAGGGAAACUCGUUCAUCAACUUUUCAAAAUGCUAAUAAACCCAGAACUUUUCCUAUCAAAAACCCCUUCUUGCUUGAUAAUGGUCAAAAUAGAUGACAUUCCAUUUGAGGAUAAUGGAGCAGUUCAAAGAAACAACUAAUGCAUGGACUUGCAGCAAGAGACAGGAUGAAAAUGGUAUGACCAAAGUAGAGCAUGCAAUGUCACACAUGUGGAUUAUGAUAAAGAGGGAAUGUUCGGAGCAAACUCAGCGACUUACCAGAGAACUGUGAACAGGACUGAUCACCUGUAGGCAUGGAAACACUCUUCCAAGUGAUUUUUGGGCUGAGUUGUGUUCAAAAUCAACUGGAGUUAGAGGACUGCAUGUGAGUAUGUUUAUGGUUACAGGGUAUAAUUGGGGUUUGUACAGUUGUUGCAAGUAGAAUAAACUGUUAUAAGAACAUUUGAGUACUGCUUGACCAAUUUACCCGACCCAGGUAGUUUCAGGAAAAUUAUGAAAUUAUUAUAUCAAAUUGUGGGUUACCUAGCUACUAUUCUCAUUGUAAAUGCCAGUCCAGGCAAAGACUAAGUGUUGGCCUUGCAUGCAGGUCAAGUAAGUUAUCAUUCUGAUGUCUGCGGUAGAACUCUUAAUUUUGUAAGAAAAUUUGUAUGCAGUUUCGAUUUUUGCCAAAGGGAAUAAGCAAGGGAAAUCUCCAUUUCCCACCACCCCCAACCCGACUCCUAUUUUCCCUUCUCUUUUCCCCACCCCCUGUCACUGGUGGUUUGGAUAUCAAUCAGCUGGAAUAUCUUCCAACUCCAGCUGGAAGAUAUCUUGUGAGGUCCAUAAAACUGCUUGCAAGGGUGAAUGAUGUUUUUUGUUCUGAAGAGAGUUCUUGGGGGGAACCAUGAGUAAUUGAAAGUUUUUGCAUGGAUGUGAAAUGGGCCAAGAAAUAUAAAAGUGUGCUCUCUGCUUCUGGAAUUAAUACAGUUUCUGCAGUUAGAUACAACGAGAGCGAGAUUAGACUAGCAAGUGUAAAGACUGAAGAAAACCUAUUGUGUUGUUACUGCAUUGUGAUGUAAUUCCCUAUUUAUUAAAGUUAACAAUUUAUAUUUGCUUUGAGGUAUUGUUUGCUAGUUUUCUAUUUUUGUAUUUAAUUUUGGCCUGUUGUACGUCCCACAUUCCCUUCGCUCCACCUCUGGCAGCCAUGCCUCUGCCAAAAAUUUGGGAAUUCCCUCCCUAAAGACUUCCAUUUCUCU